AUGGAUGUGGUGACGACGAGAUCCACCCAGCGGCGGCGGCUGGACCUGGAUGACGAACCCCGGCCCCUGGGACAGCAACCGCCGCCCGGAGGAGGCGGAGGAGACGAACAUGACGACGAGGGGCGGCUCGACCUGAUCAGCCGCCUCCCGGACGACGUCCUCGGCGGUGUCAUCACGCUGCUCCCCGCCAAGGACGGCGCCCGCACGCAGGUCCUCUCCCGCCGGUGGUGCCCCCUCUGGCGCUCCGCGCCCCUCAACCUCGAGGCCGAUGGCUUCGCGGCCGCGCAGGCCAUCCUCGCCAGCCACCAGGGCGGGCCCGGCCGCCGCUUCUCCCUCACCUGGCGCGGCCACCACCUGGACGGCUUCUCCGCGGUCGACGACGUGCUCCGGCCGCCCGGCCUCGACGGUCUCCAGGAGUUCGAGCUGCGCUACUCCCCCUCGGCAAUCAUCGAUACGGAUUUCCGUCUAGAUCCGGCGCCGCUGUCCGUGUUCCGCUUCUCGCCCACCCUGCGCGUCUUCACCGUGCACUGCCGCCGAAGAAGGCUCCAGUUCCCCACGGCCUGCCCCGUGCUCCAUCUCCCGCGCCUCGAGCAGCUGACCCUCAAGGGCGUCGUCAUCUCCGAGACCACCCUCCAUGGCAUCUUGUCCAGCUGCCUCGUCCUGCAGAGUUUGGUGCUGCAGGCGAACGCCGGCUACCGCCAUCUCCGUAUCAGCUCCCCGACGCUACGCAGCCUCGGCGUAUGGGCUAACACAAGCCGUGAAGGAAUGCUCCAGCAAAUCAACAUCGAGGAUGCUCCACUGUUGGAGAGGCUUUUCACAGAUGGUGUAUGCUAUGGCGGCAAUGGCCAACAGAUCCAAGUUAUCCGGGCACCCAAACUGAAGAUACUGGGAUAUCUAGCUGAUUGCGUCUCUGAGUCUGAGUUUGGAAUCAGGAUUCUCAAGAAAAUGGAGUUCCUGAGCCUACCUAAUUCUAGUGCGAUGCGGACCGUCACAAUUCUAGCUCUAGACGUUGCUCCUGACAAUCCGGAUGUUGUUGUUGACUUCUUGACAUGGUUUCCAUGCGUGGAAAAGCUACAUCUGUCAAUGCGCCAUUGGAAGAUGAUCAAACGGGGGAAGCCCAAGAAUGCGAGGCGUCAUGUUUCGCUCGAAUGCCUUGAUCAACAUCUCAAGAUGUUGGAAUUGAAAAGUUAUCGUGGCGACAUGUGGGAAGUGAGCUUGGUCAGGUUCUUUCUCUCAAAUGCUAGAGUGCUAGAAUCCUUAAAGUUUCUAGCCGAUCGUGGCGAAUACAGCACGGAAUGGAUUGCAAAUCAGCGUAAACAGCAACAUUGGAGCACCAGAGCUUCUCGAGGUGUUACAAUCUGCUUUGCGCCUGACCCUGAUCAUCGUCGGUCAACUUGUGCACCCACGAAGCACAUCCACAAUUUGGCGCUGCAUGAUCCCUUUGACACAUCGGCAUGUACAUGCCUAAAUGAUGAAUGGAACUGAUGAGGUUCUCCAGAGUCCAGCUAGAUUGAGCUAGCUAGACUGAUCAUGCGUGCCUUGUUUUUUUGUUUUUUUGUUGAAGCUUAUCUAUCAAUCAGGCUACAUGAAUUUUGGUGCA